GGCGAGGCACCCGGGAGCUAUUUGCGGACGUACCCAGGCGUCCCGGACCAGUAAGCGGCGACCGGAGGAUCGAAAGCACUGCUGCUCCGUGGAGUCCACGCCCCCUUCCUCCGCUCCGCCGACAGCCUCUGCGCAGAGGAGCGUCUGUGGUUUCUGGAGAGCACCUAGCACCGCCACCGGGCUUCUGCUUCUGCCGGAGAUCCGGCCCAGCUUGACGAAGACACGGUUUCCUGGUGAGCCAGCCCCCUCUCCCCUAGGCAACCCACACCCCGAGGGUCUGAAGAUGCUGAGAUCAAUGUGGAAUUUUCUGAAACGUCACAAAAAGAAAUGCAUCUUCCUGGGCACAGUUCUUGGAGGAGUAUAUAUCCUGGGAAAAUAUGGGCAGAAAAAAAUUAGAGAAAUACAAGAAAAAGAAGCUGCAGAAUACAUUGCCCAAGCUCGGCGACAGUACCAUUUUGAAAGUAACCAGAGGACUUGCAACAUGACGGUGCUGUCCAUGCUGCCCACGCUGAGAGAGGCCUUAAUGCAGCAACUCAAUUCCGAGAGUCUGACAGCUUUGUUGAAAAACAGACCUUCAAACAAGCUGGAAAUAUGGGAAGACCUAAAGAUAAUAAGUUUCACAAGAAGCAUUGUAGCUGUGUAUAGCACGUGUAUGCUGGUGGUUCUUUUGCGAGUCCAGCUAAACAUAAUUGGUGGAUAUAUUUACCUGGAUAAUGCAACCGUUGGCAAAAAUGGCACUACAGUCCUUGCUCCCCCAGAUGUACAGCAGCAGUAUUUGUCAAGUAUUCAACAUCUCCUUGGAGAUGGCCUGACAGAAUUGGUCACUGUCAUUAAACAAGCUGUACAGAAGAUUUUAGGAAGUGUUUCUCUUAAACAGUCAUUGUCCCUUUUGGACUUGGAGCAAAAGCUAAAAGAAAUCAGAAUUCUUGUGGAGCAACAUAGGUCUCCUUCCUGGAUUGAUAAAGAUGGAUCCAAGUCUUCAUUGUGCCAAUACAUGAUGCCAGAUGAAGAAACACCGUUAGCAGCUCAGGCCUAUGGGCUUUCUCCAAGAGAUAUUACCACUCUUAAACUCCUCAAUGAGACAAGAGACAUGUUGGAAAGUCCAGAUUUUAGUACAGUUUUGAAUACCUGCUUAAACAGAGGCUUCAGUCGGCUUCUAGACAACAUGGCAGAAUUCUUUCGGCCCACUGAACAGGACCUGCAACAUGGUAACUCCAUAAAUAGUCUGUCCAGUGUCAGCCUGCCUUUAGCUAAGAUAAUCCCCAUAGUAAACGGACAGAUCCAUUCAGUUUGCAGUGAAACGCCUAGUCAUUUCGUGCAGGAUCUUUUGAUGAUGGAGCAAGUAAAAGACUUUGCUGCUAAUGUGUACGAAGCUUUUAGUACCCCCCAACAGCUGGAGAAAUGAUUUUUCCUUUCAAGAAAAGCUAAAGCGCGGGAUUCAUCUACAUUGAAAAGUACUCUGAAUAAAUCACCUAUACCAAGAGUGACAAUUUGCAACCAAAAAUGCCUAAUAAAAUAUAUUCUUAAGCAAAGUCUUCAUUUCAUAA